GAACUUUUGCUGAGGUUCUCCGGAAAGUGCGGUGUGUUUCGCCAAGCUGAAUAUCCGGUUCCGAAUCUUUGCUUUUUGCUCCAACUGCGUUUCCCUCUGCCAUCUCUACUUGGCAGGUUCGCGAAACCUCUAUCGCUCUAACCGCAGUCAAUGUCGCUAUCAUCGCUACCCCCUCACAGCUUUCUUUUACAUACCUCUGAUAUCCCAAGCGCUAUGCGCCUUGCCAGCCUUGCUUUCACGAAGGAACCUCUCGUGGAACAAUGAUUGAUUUCGGUGAUACACGUAGCCAUAUCCGUCCGUGAAGUAUCAUGCUGGAUAAGAGCAACAAACCCUUGCUCCCACUGUCUAAUGGAUCAUAUCCACCGAUGCUUUCUCUCAACUAUCGAUACUGUCUGAGCCUGCCUGGAAUCCUGAAGCUAAUCGAAAUGAUGCUCAAUGUGGCGUGCAUCCACCUGAUGCUGCAGUACUGUAACCCAACGUACACGGCCGUCACGUGGGGUUUCCUGGGCAACACGGACGAGACCCUCUUCAUCCUCAUCAACUUCAGCGCUCUCAUGAUGAAUGCCCUCUUUUUCAUCUCAUGCAUCCUUUCGGUCGCCACAGCUGUGGCCCUGUCCAAGUCUGUCCUUGAUGUGAUGGGGAACAUCGCUCACUUUUUCAUUUGCAUUGGAAGCAGUUUGGUGCUCCUGUCAUCUGUUGUCACUCACCAACCUACCACAAAGUACAAAGAGUACAUUUUCCAGGGAAAAGUGACUGUUUCGGUGCUGGGCAUUGUGAAUUCUCUGCUCUACCUGUGCAGUGUCUUAGCCGCCUACUGGACCUGUAAAUCCAGCAGAUACUAACGCUGCCAUUGCUGCUUCCACAUGGUGCGCGUAAUACAUGUUUACGCGCAGCUGUAAAACUGAGCCGGGGAUCAAAACAUUUACUGCCCUUUAUUUUCGUUGAGGGUCUUUUGUGCAUCGUCAGCAUGCAUGACAACGAUAAUAUUCUGAUGCUUGUGCUCAUAAUGCUAGUCAUUGUUCCUGUGAACACAUUGCUAUUCUCAGUGACAACAUUAUUUCAAAUUUUUAUUUGUUAUCCUAACAUAAAAGUUAGGUGAGAUAAAUGGGUUGCAAGUCACCUUUUGUGCUUCUUGGGACACUUGUAUCACUUCAGUUUGCGUUGAUGUGCAAGUGCGUCUUUGUUCUGCUUAUUUUUUCUUUUGGAAGUAACAGAAGACGGCAUACUUUGCCCUGCAGGCAUCAACUGUGCUGUCACACCUAAAGGCCAAUUGCUCCAACAAAAAAAAAAUAUAUAUAUAUAAUUUUUUUUUUAGUUAUAAUUUGUGCGCAUUAGGAUUUUGUAAGUACCCACACGAGUGAGGCAUAACAACAGAAUCAAAAUAAUGAGUCACAAAUGGGUUAUUCUGUUGAGUGCCUGGCAUAAUCACUGAUGUCAUGCCUAGGGUUCCAAGCAUAGUUCCACACUUCUGCCAUGUACGGCUGAGAUUGUUAUGGCUGUCGUGUAACUUCAAUGCUCCACAUUUUUUUAACUGACUUAGUUUCUAUUUUAGCAUGGAAAACAAUGAAUGAAUCAGGGAACACAACUAUGUGGUGUGAAAUCAAAAAUUUCUUGGCAUACCCUCUCUUUUAUUAGGGGCGAAGCUCCUUAGGGUCUAGCCUUGUCCGGCGUUCGUGCUCACAUCGAUUGCCAUCCCACCUGUCUUCUUAAAAAAAGAAGGGGGCUCUGAGAUGUAGUAGUAACUCAAGAACUGGGGAUGUCAUGGAUGAAACGUUGCAUGCAUGUAGCCGCUCAACGUCUAUACAGGAGAGGGCGCUGUGGUCAAGUGCAUAUAUAAUCGUGUUAAACUUUGCAUGCAUUGGCUCAAAGUUUAUAGACGAGAGGUUGCUGCGGUCAAAUGCUCAAAUGCGUAUAUAACCACGUUCCAUGCCACACAUUCUCUUUCUGACAUGGAUGAAAACGAACGAAAAGCUCGGCAUGCUGCGGCUCAGCGUCUACGCAGACAGCAAACUGCUCCGAAAAGAAUAAAAAAAAAAAAAAAAAAGUCAGCGUUAUCAGCACUACCUAUGAGCAAAAUCAGUAUCAUCAGCACCACCAGAGCUUCGCCCCAAUCAACAUCAUUCACCACGUGGAGAUGCGGUCAUUUUUUAUCAUUAAGAGUUUUCUUGCAGUUCGCUUGUAACUGCACGGAGCAUGGGAAUGCUCCAUUUACAAGCCGGAAGCACCUUGUAUCAUUUUGCUUGUCUCAUCCGUAUUUUUUUCUGCGCUUUUUCCAAACUUUAAUGCCUCUCUAUGCUGAGAAAGCUAAUCUGGGUUAUCGUUUGGAACAUAUUGUAGUGUAGAACCUGUUUAAAAGAGAAAGCUGAAGCAUUUUUUUCAAAUUCGAAAAAUGUGCAAGAUACUGGAAGUAGGCACCUUAAAAAUAAUGUUUUUAAGGGGCUUUUUUUUUCGGUGUAGGAGUGCCAUAAGCGAAAAGGAAACCUAGCAAACCAUCAGCAGUGUCUGGUGACGCACGCACGUCUUUCAGGUGGCUUGGAAAUGCCAGUGAUGACGUUACAAUGCCUUUGAGAAGUGGCAGGUGGCAAAGAGGUUUGCACCAUGCCUGAGCGAUUGCUGCACAUUGUUUUAAAUAAAAGCAGCAGAGGAGAGCAUGUAUUCUGAGAGCUGAAAAAACAAGUGCAAAGAAAUGAGCAGAAUAUAACUUGCUGAUAAGCUGGACAGCAGGAAUGAAGCAAACUCCUGGCAGGAUUUACGCUAAAUUCUGUCCAAUUCCAGUGCGUUGACUAAAUUCAGGAGAGAAAAGGUAUAGGGAAUAGCUUUACUGGUUGUCCGUAGCUGCAUACUUUUAGGUUAGACUCAUGCUGGCAGCGAGUGUUUGCCGGAUUCCUUUCACACCAUUGAAACUGUGUUUUAUAAGAAACGGUUUAUCGACAGCUUGCACUGAUGACAUCUCAAUACAUAGAAGGCCGCUCCUAAUUUUGUUUAUUUUCUUCAUUGCUCCAGCUUUUUAGAGGAAACUAGCAGCUGCUCCAAGAGUUUAAGUGUAAUUCAAACGGUAUAAUACAACAUAAUGCCGAAUUUCUGAUUACUUUUUUUGGAUAUUGGAACACUAUCAGGUCAUGGCUUCCAUGCUUAUUUCUACAUAAAAUUUCAUCAAAAAGAAAAUGCAUCUUACUCGAGUUUUGUUUUACCACUUUGCUGUUCGUAUGGUGUACUGGUAUGGCCUUUAGGGACGAAUGGUACCCUUCAGCACUGUUGCCAGCUCUCUCGACUUCCCUAAAAUACCCCAGAACAAGGGCACUUGUGCAUGCGGAAAUGAGCAAUUUCGAGCCACUUGUAUCAUAAUCUCGCGUGCAACUCGACUCAUGUGAAACUCACACUGAGGUCUAUUUUGGGCUCCUAAAUAUGUCUGGUCCUGGUGCAUUUUUUAAAAAUAUUCAGGAUCAUAAAUGGAGUCUGUUUCUGUUCAUGUCACAAAGCCUUUUUCUUCAUUACAUGUUUAUUUUGCUUUAUAUGAGACCGGUGCACUUUAUAUUUCAGUGGGUUUUGCUGACUGCACAUUGAAUGUGUGACAAGAACCUAUAUUUGCACACCUCAGUGGAAAGCAUAUUUUGGAUGGCUUUAACACUGACUAACAAAUCACUUGUUUUCAGCACACUGCAAUUUUUAUUUUUAUGUAUUGCUGACACAUUGCUAGGAUUUUUUCGAGGUGCCAGCAUCAUCUGAAGUUCAUCGGGAAUCGGAUUGCAAUGUUUUACAAAUUAACUUAUAUUGAGAAUGUAACACUAUACCCUGGUUGUUAUGAUGAAAUGCAUGUAUGCUAACAGAAGAUAUUGAAGCACAAGAGUAUAUCCUCCAAGCGAGUUGAUCUGUGAAUAAAUUUGCAAGGGAGAUGGUAGUGCACAAAGUAAUGCCACAUAGCAUUAGCCUUUUUGCACUGUUUGUACGGCACAGUUCUACAUCUCAAACAAGCCCAGUAGCAUUUUGAGACAGUUUAUAUAUAAGACUUUCUUUUAUAUGCCUCAUGAUUUUGCAGUGAUUUAGGAUCGGCAUCACUGAUGUCGGAACCCACUGUAGGUUCUUGUUCAUAACGUGUUGUGUUGACACUAUGGGCUCACAGUUUUACAGCGGAGCUGUUAAGGGCUAGGUUCCCCAGGAUUGUGUCCGUGUAUGUCGACACAAACCUACCUGGACAGCUACCGCCAUCUAUAAGCAACGGCGGCAAGCACACAACCAGUAUGGUUUCUGCCGUCGUUCGUAGAUGGCGGCAACCUUUCCAGCUAUAAUAGAAGAAUGGAUAGUUGGGCGCGUUGGUGGGAAUUCAUCGUAGGAAACAGCACGAAAAACAGACGACGACGAAGAAGAAGCACACAGUGUAUCGAGUACCAGCUCCGCUGGUCUUCCUUUUUACUUCGGAAACUAUUGUUAUGCCCAACUCUACUUCACAUCUCGAUUUUAUUUUGUAAUUAGAAUAGACACUAAGCAGCAUAUGAUUGGUAUGUUGUAACAAAUUGGGAUUUGAAGAGCCAGGGUCCAGAUGAAAACUGAAUUGCCAUUCUUGCUGGCAUCUAAUCUGAUAGGACUACUAUUUUUUUUCCUCUGGUGGUCAUGACUGAUCUCGCUAUUAAGUGAGGAGCAUGUCUGGGCUUGAGGAUGCCUUGUAAUGUGGAAGACUACUUACUCUGCUGUCCUGCUGAAUUCCCUGUGUUCAGUGGCACUCAAGAAAGGUCACUGCAUUCAACAAAACUACUACCUGUUUGUAUGCAGUGUGCAUUUCUGCUAAAAACUGCACAGAUGGAGCCAGCAACUGUGGCACCCUUGUGAUACAGGCUUUUUGUGUACAUGGCUUACCUUCCGUCACACACAAUUUUGAAUGAGACUGAUCAAAUGUCCAGGUCAUUGAAAGCUCUGCCCACUUUUUACAUCUUUUUUUGUUUUGAUAAGCACAUACACGCUUACAAAGAGACAACCAUACUAGUCUAGUGGGGUUGACUUGUGAGUCUUGUUUUAAAUGUGUAACGGGCAUUGCCAUAUUACUACUAUUCAACAUUGAAACUUCAAUGAUGGCUGAGCAUUGUUUUUGAGUAUAAGCACAUACUUAUUUUUGUGUUGGUAGUCAUUUCCUAAAAGUAAAAUAAAAUUGAGGUCUGAGAAA